CGCCGGCAGCGCGUCGCGACGUCUGCAGGAGAGUCGGAGAGCUGCGGUCCGGGAUACGAACAGGUCGGUGCGAGCGACUACCCAGAGUUUCCUGGUUUUUCAUCGAAGAACAGUUGACUGCCAACGUCGAUCUUCGCAGCGCCAGAAGUGCGUCACCCGUUCAGUCAGCUGCAGCCGCUAACAGGACUGCAAUGACAUGGCGCUGGUCAUGCUGCCGUGCGACCUGCCGUGGUGGCCGACGGUGCAGCGCCACCUGACGCAGCUCGCCCUCGCCCGCACGCCGCAGGAGCUGGUCGAUGGCAUGCAGAAGAUACACACCAUGUGCAACAUCAGUCUAGAUCCAGACGAAGAGGGCACGGAUGACGGCCUGUUUGAAGGACUGAAAAAGUUUCUGGAGGAGGACUUGAGUAUUGAAGAGCAAAAUCAUUUUCUUGGAACAACGGCGCCGGCAAUUGUACAACGAGCUCUUCAACUGAAACAGCUCAAGCCUCCUAGCGGACUACACUUCAGUCUCCAACAGCAAGCGGACAGAGUGGAACUGGACCGUAACUUUGUGGCAUCACUACUUGCACAUGCAUUCUUCUCAACAUUUCCAAAGAGGACUAGCAAAACCCAUCCCACUCUACAAGAUUCUAAUUUCACACACUUUUUCAAGCACUUAAACAAAACCAGUCAGAAGGCAAAACUCAAGAGCAUUCUGCAUUAUUUUGACUCAUUGGAAGGCAAUGGUGUUCCAGAAGGCAAUAUGAUAUUUUCAAGAAUGGUUAUGACAAGCAAAGAGUGGCUAACAAUAGAGGACUGGCUGGAAUGUGGAGUUCCACUUAUUCCUGUGGUAACAAAACAUGAAGGAAGAUUGGAAAGGUCGGAGCCUGAGACACUACAAGUGUGCUUCUCAAGCAGUCAUUUAGGAGGUGAUGUUCUACAUGCAGGCUCUUCACAGGAGAGCAUCCAGUUCUGCACCCAACCUGAGCUCUUGGCACUCCUGUCAUUUGUUGAAGCUCUGGAGGACAAUGAGGUUGUAACAAUUGAUGGUGUUCAACAAGUGUCUCGCAUACAUGAUCCUAAACAUAGGUCAACUUUUGAGACUGCUUCUCAGCCUAGGAUGGCACAUGUGUGCUGCAUGGAUGCUGAAAACUACAAGUUGUUACCAGUGGGUCAAUUUGAGGAAGACAAUGUCCUCAGAGAACUGAACAAAGCUCUUCUUGGCUUCAGGCAGUUACCAUAUAAAGAUGCUCAGCAGUCUACAAGAAGACUGUCACCUAUUGGUGAAUCAUGUAGUUCUACACCUCCUGAGACUACUUCAGAAAAGCUUCAGAAGCAGGAGACUGCUGUGCCUCAGCCACCGCCAACAGCUCCUUCUGCAGCAUCAAAAGAUUUGUUGCGACCGCCAAGCCCAGGAUCACGUCGUGGGCGUUUUAUAGUGCUUGGAUCCUCAGGAGAAUGUUUGCCAAUCACACGGAAUGUUCCACUAACAUUUGGCAGUCACUAUUCCAGCUGUCAGUCUGAGACAGAGUCGGAAGAAUUUCAUAGUGCAUGCACAUCUCUUGACACAGAUGAUACAGAAAGUGAAGGAUGUGCACGCCGCUACAGCUCACAUCUUGAUACUCCUGAAAGACGCCACACAUUUGCUGCACGGCUGCGUGAUGCUCUGUGCCGUGAAGCAGCAAGCAGUACAUGCAGCACAGAUUCAAGUUAUGCAGUUGGAAUCAGUGUCACAGGGUCCAGCGUUGGUGACAAAGACAUAAGGGUAAGAAGAGGUGGAUCAAGAGGAUUCAUGCUACAGGAGGAUUCAAUGGAUGAUAAAUUUUUGAGAGAGUCAUUGCAACAGGAGAAAGAAUGGAUAGACAAAUUUCGAGCAAAGCGAGCUGGUCUUCUUGCUCGGAAAGACACAGGAGAUUCCUCUAAAUACAGCUUCAGUACUGAUUGCAGUUCCGAAAUUGAAGAGCUAUAUGAGCAGUACAGUCGCUGGCUGGAGGAUGCAGGUGUGCCCGAAAACAUCGAUGAGAUUCGGGAGCUGGAUGCCCGAGACAUAGCAGUGGUGCGAUUUGCUGGCAGCCUACUUAAGCGCACACUGAGUGACUCAUUUGCUGGAGUUUCACUGACUGAAGGUGCACAGGGCAUUCCCCUGGAAGGGAGUCGUGCUAAAUUGGCCAUUGUUGCACGAUCUCUCAGCUUGGAACUAGCCAGGCACAAACAUAAGCUUGCUGCUCAGCUUGCGUCAGUGCUUGGAAAAGUUGCAGCUAGCAAUAGUGCUUCUGGAAUACGUGCUGUUUCAACGGGGAACUGGGGUUGUGGUAGCUCCAAAUGUGGAGAUCCUCAGUUGAAACUUGUGAUACAAUGGCUUGCUGCCAGUAUGGCUGGUGUUCCAUGUCUCCAUUAUUAUACUUGUGCCAAUGAUAAUCUGCUUAAGCUGGACACUGUUGUAAGGGUCCUGUUAGACCGCCACUGGACAGUAGGUGAACUUGCUGCUGCCACUCUUCAGUAUGCAGAGGCACUGUUGGACAAGCAUCAUGCAGUGCAUCCCACGAGCAGCCUAUUUGAUGAACUGAUUGGUGUAGAUAAACCACACACCAGUCAAGAGACAAAUCUGUGAUACUUGAAUGUGCCAUUCCAGAUGCAAGAGUAGAUAUACUUAACAACCAAAAGAAUAUUUAUUUGCUGUAUUUAUUCUGGACUUGGUGAAUGAAUUUUGAUGAAAAUGUAUUUAGUGAAUGUGAUUUGGCUCUAAUUGUUAAAAUACCAACUUUUGAGAAAGGUGACUGGUUUUUUAUACUUAUAUCAGUGGAAAAGUUUGCUAUAAAAAUGUAUAAAAUAUAUCUAUUGUUAGUGUACUUAAAUAGCAGAAUGAAACACGACAUGAAACUGCCAUACAGACAAACAUCACCUUUUCAGAGAUGAGUAUGUUUUGUAAUUUACUGAAAAUUGCAAAUACCAGGGAAAUGAGUUCUUAAGUGACUGUUUCCAGUGAUGUGCAUGUAUACAUGAGCUUCAGAAUUUUCUUUCAGUGAUGCUGUUAUUCCAGAAGUGAUAGUUAAUGAGCAACAUAAUAUCCACAUGAAACAUUUCUGGGUACUAUGUUACAGAUUUUUUUUCUGGCAUAUCUUUCUCAAUUUUUAGUUUUAUUUGGCAAGACAAACAUUUUAUACUUGUCAAACAAUUAACAGAUUUUUUUAAGUAUGUGAAACCAUUGUUUUUGGACCAGUUGUACUUAUUCAAAAUAUAUGGCUGUUACUUUUCCUAUAUAGGUGGUGAAUGAAUCAAUCUCCUAAAAUACCAUUCUACCAUUUAAAUAACAACAAGGGGGAACAUCUGUACACAAAAAGCAGGGUGUUUAGUAGGCGUUAUUAUUAUGUCCACUAAUUUCGUUUCACUGGAUUUAUGUCAUUCUUCUAAAAUUUACUUUCCACUUGACUAUUGUCCACUAAUAUCCUAUUUUUCAGUUGAUUUAUAUCAGCUGGCUGAAGUAUGUGACACAAAUUUUAUAUUUGUUGCUUUUUCUGCCUUUGCUAGUACUAGUAUCCUAUUCUUCAGUAGUCCUAUAUAUGUCAACUUAGGUACAGGAUACAAUCUGUAUGCGUCAGCUGAGGUAUUUCUGUCACUAGCACUAGAAUCCUAUCUUUCAGUUGACCUAUAUAGAUCAACUGAAGAAUAGGAUACUAGAUUUUCUACUGCUAAAAAGCAAUGUAUGUAACAUUAUGUUCAAAAUAUGGGUACAUGUGGUAUAUAUAUCCACAAUCUGCUUUCUAUGUACUACCUUCCUUUGUUUCUCAACUUCCAUCUCUGUCUUUACUAUGUAUCAUCUGUGGUAACUUGUGAUGUUGUUUUUCAAAGCCGACGAGUUGUAUGUCAUUCUUGAAUAUUCCCCCUACAACUGAUAUUUUGUGACCAUUUUGCUUCAUAAUAUGUUAUUCUUGGGUACUUGUAUAAUAUGUCUUGAUCUGACAGUGAAUAAUGAAUUGAGUACCUACUCAAAGAUGACUACAUUUUUACAUUUGUGAAGUGCAGUACUUUAAAUUUAGAACAUCAUGAGUUAUUUCUCAUUGAUUACAUAAAAUUGAUAGUUUUUCGGGGUCUAACUGGAUGUUACCGUAAUUUGUAUUGCCCAGAACUUCUUUAGAUACACCUGAACCAUGUGGGAGAAGUCUGAGAUUUUAACAACUACUACUACCCUAAAGUCAGUAAUGUAUAAUAAUAAUUAAUGUAGCACAAAAAGUGAUGGUUCUACUAAAAUUUCCUGUGUCCGUAAAUGACUCUCCAUCCAAAACGAUGUUCUGCAUUCUAAAUGUCAAGAAAUUUGCAAUCCAUAUAUGGAUAGAUGUCGCAUAUGAAUGCAUUUUGAUUAGUAAAUAUCAUUGUGGUAUUGAUCCAAAACCUUUCUGGAAUAUGAGAUGCACUAAAUUCACCAAGUUAUCUCUGCUCAUGGCACCUAGGGCAUCAUAUAUAAGCUGCAUUCUACAUGAUCGGUGUUUUCAAGAUCGAUACUGGUUUCCAUAGAGGUCAUUUUGUUCCUGGUAGGCUGUAUUUUUUAAACCAAUAUGUUCCAGAAAUAUACUGCAGAUAAAAGUGAGCCAUAAGGAACAGAAUACUACGGAUCAGUUCUGCUGGUAUCC